AAAUGGCAGCCAAUCAGGUGCGGGAACUGUGCGUGUGAGAACGAGGCUAGAGACGCAGACCGGCGUGUUUCAGUGGUGAUUCCGGCCUGGGGAAGAGGGGAGAAUGGCGAAACAUCACCCUGAUCUCAUUUUCUGCAGGAAGCAGGCCGGAGUGGCUAUAGGCAGACUGUGCGAAAAAUGUGACGGAAAGUGUGUCAUUUGUGAUUCUUAUGUGCGCCCUUGUACACUGGUUCGGAUCUGUGAUGAGUGUAACUAUGGCUCUUACCAAGGUCGUUGUGUCAUCUGUGGAGGCCCUGGAGUGUCUGAUGCUUACUAUUGCAAGGAGUGCACCAUUCAAGAGAAAGAUAGAGAUGGUUGCCCCAAAAUUGUAAAUUUGGGCAGUUCAAAAACAGAUCUUUUUUAUGAGAGAAAGAAGUAUGGCUUUAAGAAGAGGUAGUUCAGAGUCUGGACUGUGGACGACGUUCGUUGUGCUUGGAAGAAACUGUACACAUUUUUUAUGAUUUUUUUUUUUUUUUUUUAAUUCUUGGAUAAUUAGAUCAAUAAAUUCUGUUUCUACAGCC